AUGGCGCGCCGCGCGGACCUGCUGUCGGCGCUGUCUGUCCUGCUGCUGCUGCCGCCGCUGCUCGGAGCUGGGGACCCCCACCCCGCAGAGGGCCGGCUCACGAACAGCUGUCUCCAGGCCAGGAGGAAAUGCCAGGCCAAUCCCACCUGCAAUGCCGCUUACCACCACCUGAGUUCCUGCGCUUCCAGUGUCAGCACCCCGUCCCCCGCAGAGGAGCCUUCAGUUCCUGUGGACUGCAUGGAGGCAGCACAGCACCUCAGGAACAGCUCUCUGAUGAGCUGCACGUGUCACCGGCGCAUGAAGAACCAAACUGCCUGCCUGGACAUCUACUGGACUGUUCACCCCGCCCGCAGCCUUGGUGACUAUGAUCUGGAUGUCUCCCCCUAUGAAGACACAGUGACCAGAAAACCCUGGAAACUGGAUAUCAGCAAACUGAGCAUCCUCAAGCCAGACUCGGACCUCUGCCUGAAGUUCGCCAUGCUGUGCACUCUCAACGACAAGUGUGACCGGCUGCGCAUGGCCUACGGGGAGGCCUGCUCCUCGGGGCCCCACUGCCGGCGCCCCGCCUGCCUCCAGCAGCUCCGAGCUUUCUUCGAAAAGGCGCCGGAGCCGCACGCGCAGGGCCUGCUGCUGUGCCCCUGCGCGCCCUCCGACCUGGGCUGCGGGCAGCGCCGGCGCAACACCAUCGCCCCCAGCUGCGCGCUGCCGCCCGGGACCCCCAACUGCCUGGAGCUGCGGCGCCUCUGCCACGCAGACCGGCUGUGCAGAUCACGCCUGGCCGAUUUUCAGACCCAUUGCCAUCCCAUGGACAUCCUAGGGACCUGCGCUACAGAACAGUCCAGAUGUCUGCAAGCAUACAUGGGGCUGAUUGGAACUGACAUGACCCCCAACUUCAUCAGCAACGUCAAUGCCAGUGUUGCCUUAAGCUGUACCUGCCGAGGCAGCGGCAAUCUGCAGGAGGAGUGUGAGCGGUUGGAAGAGUCCUUUUCCCACAACCCCUGCCUCAUGGAGGCUAUUGCAGAUAAGAUGCGUUUCCACAGCCAGCUCUUCUCCCAGGACUUGUCAGACUCCACCUUACCCAUGAUGGAACGCCAGAACAAAAACCUUGCUUUAAGGCCACAGCUCUGGAUGCCAUCUCUCUUCUCCUGCACACUGACCUUGAUUCUACUCCCAAGUUUCUGA